AUGUGGCUCAACCCCACGAAAUGCGCCUUCGGUGUCACCUCCGGGAAAUUCCUCGGGUUCAUUAUACAUGAAAGAGGAAUUGACGCCAACCCGGAGAAGGUCCGAGCGAUCAUCAACAUGCAGUCACCUCGGACGAUCAAAGACCUGCUGCGACUGAACAGAAGGAUUGUGAAGCAGCGCCUGGCAAACCUCCCCCGGCUCGCCUCUGUUUCUCCCGGCGAAAAGCUGGGCCUCUAUCUAGCGGCCUCCCCCCAUGCAGUCAGUUCCGUCCUGAUCAAAGAAAGCUCGGGUGAACAACUUCCGAUCUACUACGUCAGCCACACCCUGAGCGGACCCGAGGGGCGUUACCCGCCGAUAGAGAAACUCGCGCUUGCCCUGGUGCUGUCAGCUCGGAAGCUGCGCCCCUACUUCCAGGCUCACCCGGUGGAAGUCAUCACCGACCAACCCCUUCGGCAGCUCCUCAAGUGGGCAGUGGAGCUAGGCGAGCAUGAUAUAAGAUACGUGCCCAGGACCGCCAUCAAAGCUCAGGCGGUGGCCGACUUCAUCGCGGAGCUAACUCAGGCGACAAACGAAGAUCUAGAGCAGCCUCCCGAAGCUUGGAUCCUGCACGUGGACGGCUUGUCCAACUCAAAGGGCGCCGGCGCAGGACUGGUUCUGCUCGCCCCCGACGGCCGCUCGUUCGAGCGCUCCCUCCGCUUCGGGUUCAAGGCCACUAACAACGAAGCGGAAUACGAGGCGCUCCUACUUGUGGCCGAGCAGCUCAGCAGUGCAUAUGAGGCUCGGGACCCAACCAUGGCGAAAUACCUGGCGCAGGUAAGGGACCUGACUGCUAAGUUUCCUUAUUUCACGUUAUCCAAUGUCCCGAGGGAGGAGAACGAGAGGGCCGACGCGCUAGCUAAGCUGGCGUCGAAACCGACCUGCAAAACAUGCCCAAAGAUCGAGGAGCUUCCUGCCCGCGCCAUCGAAGUAGCAACUACAGCCCCCGGCAAUGCCCCGAUCACGUGGGUACAUGAGCUGCUGCGCUUCAAGCGGGACGGGACCCUCCCCCACGACGAAGUGGUGGCUCGGCGACUGCGCCGUACACACGCGUGGUACGCCGAAGAAGGUGGCCGGCUCUAUAGGCGGUCCUUCACCUACCCCCUCUUACGAUGCCUAGAGCCAGAUGAGGCCCAGACGGUCCUGGCCGAAGUCCACGAGGGGGUCUGCGGAGAGCACAGCGGUGGGCGAACCUUGGCGCACAAAUUGCUUCGCCAAGGGUACUACUGGCCGAGCAUGUGCCGGGACGCAAAAGCUUACGCACAGCGCUGCGGCGCGUGUCAAGAACACGCCCGCGCACCCCGACAGCCCGCGGUCCCUCUCAGCCCCGUCGCGUGCGCGUGGCCAUUCGCGCAAUGGGGGUUAGACCUUCUCGGCCCUUUCCCGCCGGCCUCGGGGCAGCGGAAGUACAUCAUCGUGGGAGUAGAUUACUUCACAAAAUGGGUCGAGGCCGAGCCGUUGGUGACAAUCACGGAACACCAAAUGAAGAAGUUCGUGUGGAGAAACCUAGUGACUCGGUUCGGGCUGCCCAAGGCCAUUAUUACGGAUAACGGACCUCAGUUCGCUGGUAGGAGGUUCAGGGAGUUCUGCGCAAGUCAUGGCAUCCAACUAAGGUUCAGCUCGGUGGCACACCCUCAGACAAACGGACUGGUAGAGGUGACCAAUCGAUCCAUCUUGGACGGACUCAAAAGAAGGGUGUCCGCGGCCCGAUCGGCCUGGACCGACGAACUCCCUAGCAUCCUAUGGUCACUACGCACCACUCCCAAGACCGCAACUGGAGAAUCCCCGUAUAGCCUGACGUUCGGAACCGAGGCUGUCCUUCCACCCGAGAUGACUAUCUCCACCCUCCGGAUAAGGAGCUUCGUCGAGAAAGUUUCAAACGAGGGACUUCGCGCCAGCCUCGACAUGCUCGAGGAACGACGCGCGGACGCGCACCUGAAGGCCCUCUCUUACCAGAGAGCCGUCGCAAGGGUCUACAACAGGAAGGUACGACCUCGACCGAUAAAGUUAGGUGACCUGGUCCUCCGAAAGACCGAGGUCAGCAACCCGACCCGAGCCAAGGGGAAGCUAGCCCCCAAAUGGGAAGGACCUUAUCGGGUCAUGGAGGUAGUCCGACCGGGUACUUACCGACUCACAUCGAUGGACGGUUCUCCUGUGCCGAGAACCUAG